AUGGAUUUACAUGGAUUGAACGUGUCGUAUAAACGCGACACUGCAGAUAUCGCGUUUGGUCCACAGAGGGAUGAUGCAUUUGAUUUCACGCUCCUCUUCGAGCAGAGCAUUCUCGGCAUCCUUCCUUCUGCUUUAUUUAUCUUGCUUUCCAUAGCCCGCGGGACGUCGCUGUGGCACAAGGACACCUUUGUGCGUGUCGGAUGGCUCCUGUGGGCAAAGCUUGCGGCAGCCGCAACAUUGAUCUGCUUUGACGUUGCUCUUGUUGUAUUGUGGGCGCUUCCGACUACACUUGGGACGCAGGCGUCACUUGCUGGCUCUGUCAUGAAUCUUGUUGGAUCAUUAGCCAUUGCCGCGCUAUCGUACACAGAACACCGUCGAUCCAUCAGACCAUCCACUCUCCUAGUCGGCUAUCUUGCUCUUACCAUCUUGCUUGACCUGGCGCAGACCAGAACACUGUUCCUGCGAUCCCCAGACAGUGGCCCGAUACAGGCCUUGUUUACUGCUUCACUGGCCACGAAGCUUGCGAUUAUGUGUCUGGAAGAGCUACAAAAGCGCCCCUUGGUAGCUGACAAGACCAAGGUCUUCGCAUUGGAAGAAACUAGUGGCCCCAUCAAUCGAUCGAUCUUCUGGUGGCUAAAUCAGCUGUUUCUUAAAGGCUUCAAAGGUUUGCUGCAGGUCGGAGACUUGGGCGGUAUUGAUAACAAAUUUGACUCGGCUGAGCUCUUGUCAAAGCUUGAUGGUGUCUGGCAGGCAAGCGAUAAAAGCAGGAACAAUGCUCUCAUCAAGGCAACCUGCUCUGCUUUCAAGGUCGCCUUCCUCGCUCCAGUUAUCCCCCGUCUCUGUCUCGCUGGCUUCAGCUUUGCGCAACCUUUUUUGAUCAAUCGAGUUGUAAGCUUCGUUGGCGAAAGCAAAAGCGAUAGCGAUCAGCGAAAUGCUGGCGGCAUUGCCGGGGGUUUGAUUGGGGCAACUUGUCUGGUCUAUCUGGGCCUUGCCUUUUCACGCGUUAUUUACAAUCAUCUCGUAUUUCAACUCAUUACAAUACUUCGGGGCAGCCUCGUCUCGAUGAUUUUCAAGAAGACUGUCCAUCUUGAUACCACAUGCGCAAAAGACGGUGCCGCAGUCACUUUGAUGAGUACCGAUGUUGACGGCAUUGCGAGUGGCAUUGAGGAGUUGCAUGAGAUAUGGGCAAGCGCUUUGGAACUCGCGGUCGCCGUCUACCUGCUGGAAAGGCAGAUCGGGCCUGCAUGCUUCCUUGUCGUGAUUCCAGCUGUUGUAUCUGGUAUUGCCACCAACUAUGCUACUGACGGCAUUGGUCCAGCUCGAGGAAUGUGGAACCAAGCCGUGCAGAAGCGGGUCUCUAUCACUUCAUCUAUGCUAUCCCAGAUCAAGGGGAUAAAGAUGAUGGGGCUGACGGACUACAUUGCCAACCUGAUCCAAGGCCUUCGGGCGAACGAGCUUGAGUUGUCGAAAAAGUUUAGAGGUUUCAUCAUUCGCAUCAUCAUGAUAGCCAACUUCUCGGACCAAAUGACUCCAGCAGUCGUAAUCACGUCCGCCGUGUUCUGGACAAGAUCCGGACCCAAUGCAUUCACGGUUUCCGCAGCAUUUACCGCGCUGUCCAUUGUAGCCCUUGUCGCAACCCCCAUGGCAAACCUAAUGGGCUCGAUUCCGAACUUCAAGGCAUCUGUUGCUUGCUUUGAUCGGAUCCAGACCUUCUUGAUGUUGGAGGGCCACGAAGACCGAAGAGUCGAUACUGGUGGUGGAAACCAUUCUUCGUCUUCGACUGAGAGCGAUCAGCCUUCGUUCCGUGCAAAGUCGUCCGCCACUCGGGUUUCCCUGGAACAUUCCAGUUUCACUUUGAAAGGUCAGACAGACCCUGUGCUUCAGGACAUUACCGCAUCACUUCAAAGGUCUAGCUGUACAAUGCUGGUCGGUCCUGUGGGUUGUGGCAAAUCUUCCUUUCUUAAAGCUAUCUUGGGUGAAAUACGCCUCUCUGGCGGGACGCUCAGGGUUGAAGACAUUGGUACAUCCAUAGCGUACUGUGACCAGACUGCUUGGCUCCGGAACAUUUCCAUUCGCGAUAACAUCAUUGGCCAGGGACCAUUCGAUGAAAGGUGGUAUGCCUCUGUGUGUCAUGCCUGCGCACUCAACGUCGAUAUCUCUCAGUUCCCUCUAGGUGAUAAGAGCCUGGUUGGAAGUGGGGGGAUUACUCUUAGUGGUGGUCAAAAGCAGCGAGUGGCAAUUGCUCGAGCAUUGUAUGCGCGGAGGGCAAUUGUGUUGCUCGAUGACGUCUUUAGUGCCCUCGAUACUAUCACAUCUCAAACCGUUUUCAAUCGCAUCCUCGGUAGGGAUGGACUAUUGCGAAAGCAGGGUGCAACUGUUCUCCUAGCUACAAACGCGGUACACCAACUCCCUUUCGGAGACAACAUUAUCGUGCUUAGCUCCUCCGGCCGUAUCGAGCAGAUUGGGAGCUUUGUCGACCUGCAGGCCCAGGACGGCUACGUGAAAAGCCUAGCCCUAGAAGUCCGAGCCAGGGAUGCGAAUGAAGAUGCAGGAGUGUCUGACAGCGACACAGCCACUGAUCCCGUCCCCGUCACGGCUGCAGCGGAGGAUGAUAACGACUUUGCACGACAGACUGGGGAUCGCUCACUGUACAAGUUCUAUCUGAAAUCGACCGGCUUACCCCUAUCUGUCGGGUUUCUGCUUCUUGCCAUUGGCUAUAUCGCCAUGGGAAGAAUGCCGUCAAUUUGGGUACGCAUUUGGACCGAGCAUGGCAUAGAUCAGGAUCGUGGCGCAUAUUUUGCCGGCUACAUUGCUUACUGCAUAUUGACUGUCAUCCUCUCGGGCCUCAUAAUCUGGUUCUUCAUGUUUCUGAUCAUUCCAAAAUCUGCUAAACAUCUUCACUGGCUCCUACUAGACACGGUUGCCAAAGCGCCCCUGUGGUACUUCACCACUACAGACAGCGGCAUCAUCCUGAACCGCUUUAGCCAGGACAUGACGCUGAUUGACCAGGCUCUCCCAAUGGCUUUCUUUACCACGGCGUUGGAUUCGCUCACUCUGAUCGCCAGUGCUGGUAUAAUUGCGUCAGGCGCGCAAUACGUUGCUGCCAUGAUACCGUUGUGUAUAGCACCCAUGUACUUCUUACAGAAGUUUUACCUCCGUACAUCACGUCAACUCCGGCACCUCGAUCUUGAAUCCAAAUCGCCGCUGUAUACACACUUUACCGAGACCCUCAACGGUGUAGCGACUAUUCGAGCAUUCGGUUGGCAGCAAGGCUUUCAGGAGGAGAAUCUGCGAUACCUGAACCAGUCCCAGAAGCCUUACUACCUCCUGUUCUGCAUCCAACGAUGGUUGAAUGUUGUGAUGGACUUGUUCGUUACCGGCAUAGCCAUCGUUUUGGUGAGCUUUGCCGUAGAGUUUACGACGACAACAUCCAGCGGAGCGAUCGGCCUUGCCAUGGUGACCCUUAUUGGAUUCAACACAAGUCUAUCAAGGGUCAUCAGUUCAUGGACUAGUAUGGAAACAUCACUCGGCGCCAUCGCUCGUUUGCGUGACUUUAUACGGGAUACUCCCCAGGAAGGCUCAGCCACAGAAUCUCUGGAGCCGCCGAAAUCGUGGCCCUCAACCGGUGCCAUUAAGAUCAAUAACCUGACUUCUACCUACCACGCAGAGAAUGAGAGGGUUCUCAGUGACGUAUCACUACAGAUUCAGCCCGGCCAAAAAGUAGGAAUUUGCGGUCGUACAGGAAGUGGCAAGAGUUCACUCCUACUGAGCCUUCUUAAGCUUCUGGAGACUCAGUCUGGGUCAAUUGCUAUUGAUGGACUCGAUCUGGCGUCCGUACAGAACAACCUCCUUCGGACCCAUCUCACAGCCCUUCCUCAGGAUUCCGUCACUCUGCCUGGCUCCGUCCGUACGAAUCUCGAUCCCUUGGAGACGGUCAUCGGUGAGGAGGUUCUCAUUGAUGCAUUGUCUCGAGUUGGCAUGUGGGAAACCAUCAGCAGCCGCGGCGGUCUGGAGGGAGACUUUGACAGCCUCGGGCUAUCUCAAGGGCAGAAGCAACUCUUUUGCCUAGCGCGGGCCCUGAUAAGCAAAAGUCCCGUGGUGCUGCUUGACGAGGCUACUAGCAGCGUGGACCAUCAUUCGGAUGAACGAGUGCAAAAGGUACUGCGUGAAGCAUUCAAGGAGAAGACGGUGCUGGUGGUGGCGCAUAGGCUGGAGACGAUUGGAGACCUGGAUGUGGUCGUGGUCAUGGAAAAGGGGCGGAUCGUAGAGGUGGGUGACCCUCGUGAACUCAAGAACAAGCCUGGGUCGCUUUUUGGGAAGCUUUGGGAGAGCAGACAUGGUUGA